CUGUGUUUGGAACAAGUCAGAGCCGCCGUGUCGUUUCUCAUCUCGCCGGUCAACUUUCAGAGAGAGAGAGAGAGAGAGAGAGAAGAAAAAUGCAUUUGAGUGAGAACGAAGGUAUCGAAGGCAACACCUUCGUGGUCACUGGAGGCCUUGGCUUCGUCGGUGCCGCUCUCUGUUUAGAGCUCGUUCGUCGUGGUGCUCGCCAAGUCCGCUCUUUUGACCUCCGCAACUCUUCUCCUUGGUCCGAUGACCUCAAAAACAGUGGCGUUCGCUGCAUUCAAGGUGAUGUGACGAAGAAAGGAGAUGUGGAUAGGGCUUUAGAUGGAGCUGACUGUGUUUUGCAUCUUGCUUCUUAUGGUAUGUCUGGGAAAGAGAUGCUUCAGUUUGGUCGCUGUGACGAGGUUAACAUAAACGGGACUUGUAAUGUCUUGGAAGCUGCGUUUAAACAUGAGAUUACAAGGCUUGUAUAUGUCAGCACUUAUAAUGUUGUGUUUGGUGGUAAGGAGAUUCUGAAUGGUAAUGAAGGUUUGCCGUAUUUUCCUCUUGAUGAUCAUGUUGAUGCCUAUGGUCGAAGUAAAUCGAUUGCAGAACAGUUGGUUCUCAAGAGUAAUGGCCGACCUUUUAAGAAUGGGGGCAAACGGAUGUACACAUGUGCAAUUCGUCCAGCAGCUAUAUAUGGACCUGGCGAAGAUAGGCAUCUUCCUAGGAUUGUUACUCUAGCAAAGUUGGGUAUGAACCUCUUUAAGAUCGGUGAACCGAGUGUCAAAACAGACUGGAUUUAUGUCGAAAACCUUGUCCUAGCAAUCAUCCUGGCUAGCAUGGGACUCUUGGACGACAUUCCUGGCAGAGAAGGACAUCCCGUCGCUGCUGGUCAACCAUAUUUUGUCUCUGACGGUUCCCCAGUGAAUACCUUUGAGUUUCUACGUCCCUUACUAAAAAGUUUAGACUAUGACCUGCCCAAGUUUACAAUCUCUGUACCUUUUGCACUGUCCUUGGGUAAGAUCUUCCAAGGUGUCUACACUUUGCUAUAUCCAUGGCUAUCAAAGAGCUGGUUACCACAGCCCCUUGUUCUUCCUGCUGAAGUCUACAAGGUCGGUGUUACCCAUUAUUUCUCAUAUCUUAAAGCCAAGGAAGAGCUUGGAUAUGUUCCAUUCAAGAGCUCCAAGGAAGGUAUGGCUGCAACUAUCUCAUACUGGCAGGAAAGGAAACGGAGAUCUUUAGACGGUCCAACCAUAUUCACUUGGAUAGCUGUUACACUAGGAAUGUCGGCUCUUUUUGCUGCGGGAUGGUUACCCGACAUAGGACCUGUGCCGUUCUUAAGAGCCCUACACCUCUUCUUCUUCCGGACAAUCACGGUUGUAAAGGCUGUCUUCAUCAUAUCAGUGAUACUACAUGUUGGAGAAGGAAUCUAUGCGUGGGUUCUGGCUAAACGAGUCGACCCAGGAAAUGCAAUGGGGUGGUUCUUGCAAACCUGCGCUCUCGGGUUCUUCUCAAUGCGGUUUUUAUUGAAGAGAGCCAAAGACCACCAGAUUUAGAACCAGCCUUGUUUUGAUGUUGUAAUCAAAAAAAGUUUUACAUGAUAAAUGUUUUCAAGAUUG